CUGAAAUUAACAAGCUUAGUGAAAAAUUACAGAAUAAAUACAUAAAACAAAUGAAGGCUUUUGAUCAGAAAAGAAAGGAGUGGAAUCGGGAUUCAUUACGAAAUAAUACUGAGAUCCAAAAAUUACACAUCCAUACUUUGCAGGUCAUUAAUGAACAUAAGCAACUACAAAAUGAAAAUACUAAUCUUAUUUCUCAUAAUGCACAAAAGGAUAUUUUUAUUGCUGAAUCCAAGGCUGAGAAUGUUACAAAAUCCAAGAAAAUUAAAUCACUCGAGUUUAUGAUCAAGAUAUUGGAAAGUAAGUUGUCUUCAGCCCAGAAAGAUGUGAUUUCGAUUCAAAGUGACUCAUCGAAAAAAGAAUCUGAGAUUUUAUCUCUCAAGUCUAAAAUAGUUGAAGUAGAAUAUGAGUUAGCUUCGAAAGUUAGUAAACUUGAGUAUCUGAAAUCAAAGGCUAUAUCAAACCCCAUACUUGGUAGAAAUGAUGAAAAAAAUAUGACCAAGUCUGAUGAUAUAUCUGCAGUUAUUAAACCUAGCAAAAAUCUCAGACAAUAUUUUGUAUACAUAAAAAGUAUGGAUCAAGCUAAAAAAAUCGAUAAUGAUAUCUCAGCACAAACUAGCACUUUUGGUACUUGCUUCAUUAAUGAUGAGAUUACCAAACUACCAAAAAUUGAUAUAGAGGUUAAUUCUGAAGUAAAGGAUAGAACUAGCAUUAGUGAAACUAACAAGGAUGAUAUACUAAAUAUAUCGAUAAAACCCAAUACAUCACAGAUUAUAUCUGAAAAUACACACAUGGGAAUUUGA